UUUUUGUUAAUCAAGCGGUCACCACGUCUUUAGCGCACACCACUCUAGUGGAAAUAGUUUCACGUUGACUGAAGAUAAAGGAAAAAACUGUAUACAGAUUAGGCGAUAUAUUAUCACAUUAUCAAAGAUUAUCGCAAGCCACGAGAUAGUGUUGGAGUUUAAGACAUACAUGUAACUAAUCAGACCAAAGGCCGGACGAAACGUGUUUACUUUUAUUUAAUUUUUGUGACGUACAUCUGUUCGUGGUUACCUACAAUGUCCACUCGAGAAAGUGAUUACGCCGAUGGGAACGAUCUAAUAACAAAAGAAUAAUGUGAUCAAUAUAUUUAACAUUGUAGUGAGUUACACUUGCCGUGUGGCGGCCCUGGGAACACUUUUAUUAGUUCGAGCGUCGCCGUCGUUCGAUUUCGUCGACAAAUUGUUAUCGUUACUGCCAUUGCCAUGAUUAAACGGUUUGUACAGGUGUAACGUUGUGCGCUAGUUACGUCUUGAUAACUGUUUCUCUCAAUUAAAUGCAGUGACUGUGAUUGCGCUAGCAGCAAAGUGUUAUUAUGUGAUACUAGUGAGUUUUGUAAAGUGUGACAACAUGGAUAGAUUUAGGCAAAAGUCUAAAAAGGAAAAGCCUUUGAAGUAUGUUGAGAAAGAUCAAUCUCCCUUAUUUAUCACUGAUGUGAAGGCGAUAAAGGAAAACCUGAAAAUAAAAGAGAUUCUAAGGACUGUCAAAAUGAAUAGUAGUAUGCGAAUAAAAGCACCUAAGGGCAGUAAAGUGAUGCAAAAUAAAGAUUUUAACGAUAAUGAAGAUAUUUUUGGCGGGGAACAAAGUACUGAAGUUCCCAUCAACACGGAACCACCCAGCGCAACAAACCCUGAUGUUAUCGUAACGAACACUAAUGGUGAAGAAACUAACGAAGAGACUAGCGAAGAGGCUAGUGAAGCUAAACCAGAAGAAGAAGUACCUUCAGAUAAAACAGAUGAGUCGGAUGGAGAAUCCACUGUCGAUGUUAAUGAAAACAACGGUUCCAUCAAUACGCAGAUACACGAGUCCGUUAGCGUUCCAGAAGCAUUAUCGGAUUUCGUGCUAAUUAAUGAUGAUGAAAACAAACAAAACAUACAAGAUAUCUCGGACGUGAAGAUAAUGUUGCCGCCCCUGGGGGAGAGUUCACAUGUCAAGGCUCGUGACAGAAAACUUUCUCUGGACCAGACUAUGCUAUCUAGACGCGGAGGUUUGUCGCAAUCAGAAUUAGAUCUUAAUUCCAUUGGUAAAUCUCCGUUGGAGAGGAAAUCAUCAUUUUUCCGAAAAAAAAUGGAUAGCUUCUUGAGAAACACGACUGAAAUAUUUAAGCGUCAAUCAAUUAGUAGAAGCCAGUCUAUUCAGAGAAGAGGUUCCAUGUCAGUAUCCCUUCAGUCACUGACCGAGAAUGCUGCAUACAAUGGUGAUUAUGGCGCGCCUCUGCACAAUCAUCAAGAGGAGUUGCAGAGGAGCGUGUCGAGCCUGCAGUUAUCGCCGACAGCCGCGCGCGCCGGCUCCAGCCGGUCCACGUCACAAGGCGAGCUGCCCAUGGACCCGCUCAGCGAGGGCGACAGCCUGGCCGGCAGCCGCCCCGCGCUCGCCGGCAGUCAGCCUCUCCCAGACAUCUCACCUAGUAUACAAAGUCUAAACGAAUCUUACCUGAGUGAAGCCAUGCUGAACCGCGCCAUAUCUAUGAGUUCGGGACUGGAUUCAGCGACCGGGCAGAACCGAAGAAAGUCCAGAUCUAACAGGGUCACAUGGUUAGCCAGUGAAGGGGUAACGAACUACUUUCGGCGACUGACCCAAGACGAAAAGAGUAAGGAACUGAAUCCUGGUUAUUCGUACCCAGACUUCUCCACAAUUCCUGAGAACAACUUGGAAACGAAGACCGACUCGAAGGGCCGGAGGCUCUCAUACCAGCGCGCGGUGUCGGGCGAGGACCCUCGCUAUCAUGAAUCUGCGAUUAAAAAGAAGCUCACAUCUGAUAACUCCGAGAGUAUUCCAAACCUGGUGGCAAUACUAGCAGAUUUCGAACUGAACGGGAUACCAGAGCUGGAAGGGUUUACUCUCACUGAAAUCCCUGACGAAGCUUUAGAAUAUCUUCGCUGGGCAGAAACUCCUUCGAAUUUGGAAGAAUUUAUAGCAUAUAGAAUCGCUCUAUGCCCAGACUUGCCGCCUGAGGAGGAGGCCAGGCAGGCCGUGAUCAAAGAGUUGAUCCAUACUGAAGCUGUUUACAUCCACCAUUUGCUGACCAUUGUCCGGUUAUUUAUAGCUACUGCUCACGCCCUGCAAGAACGCGGCAGAUUGCUGGACAUAGAUACUGCGAAGCUGUUCACCAACAUACCCGAUAUCUUAAAUGCCAGCCUCUGCUUUUGGGAGAACUCUUUAUAUCCAAUGAUUGCAGUGGCCAACGAAAGCAAAUCCCCAUUCAACACGGAAAUCAUGGCUCCCGGGUUUUUGCAUUUCCGGGAAAUGUUCUUGCCAUAUGAAAAAUACGUCAAUUCCCAAAAAAGUGCUUUGGACUACUUACGCUCCCUAACUAGCAACUCAGAUUUCAUGUACUACUUGUCAUGGUGUUACCGUCGUUUAGCGUGUAGCAGUCCGUUUUCUUUCAGACUCCAGCUAGCAGACAUUAUGGUAAAACCAAUGCAGCGCCUGACGAAAUACAGUUUGCUUUUGCAACGUAUGCUCAGUUACACCCUUACUGAACCAGAAUCCUCCUCUCUGAAGGCUAUGGAAGCAUGUGCCAGAAGCUACGUAACGGAUAUAAAUAGAUCAAUACGACAAAAAGAGGAGUUGCAAAUGUUGGACUGGCUGUGCUCAUCCAUCGAGACCUACGAAAUUGACUUCCGCGAUGAAGAGUUGGAUAGAUGCUAUCGAGUAUUCGCUCAGUUGAAUCUGAAGGCGCCGAUGGUCAACUGCGCACCCAAUCACAGCCGCUCCUUGGUUCACCAGGGUGACUUGCGUUACAAGGAUAACAUUAAGGAGAUGGAAGUACGCGUGUUCCUUUUGACCGACAUGCUGCUAAUCUGCAAGAAGCAAUCUAAGGGCAACAACCACCCGUACAAGCUUGUAAGGCCAAAGUUUUUCAUCGAACGUCUGAUUGUUUACCCGAGGAGCAGCCCUCGGAACAUUAAGGAAAUAGGGUCGCUGGUCUGCGUGGUCCUGGAUGAUGUCGGUUCAUCAUGCAUGGCUUUCACCUUGAGCGAAACAACAUCCAAGGAUUCGAACGCACAGAAUUGCCUCAAGUAUUGGGAGCAUAAACUGCGUGAAGCGAGAAUCACAUAUGAACUUGCUAUGUGGUUCAACAAGGACCCGAAUCGCGAUCUCAGCGAAAUAGACGCCGCCCCCGACACGACAUCAUCCGAAAGCGGGAGCACCGAUGGAAUGCCCAGCGCAUCUCGCCCGGGUGCCAAGCAGACCCCGGAUGAAGCCAGUAUUGACCGCGAAGCUCGCGAGCGCGUUGCUGCCAUGCUCCACCGCAGCUAUGUCCCUGCUGAGGCAGAAAUGACAGUUUCCACGCAAACCGAAUCAUCCGACGCCGAAGGGAAUACAACUCCAGGCAGGAGCAGCUCGCGUAACCAAAUUCAACGCACAUCCACUGGAGGCAGUUCAAGACUGUCCAGUUUUCAACAAUCAAGUGCUGCGUCUAACGAUGACUCGGAGCCGGGGCCUAGCCGCCAGGAGUACGAAGCCGGCACUUCUGUUGAGCACAUCAUACCGCCUUUGCACCCAGAUGAUGCUGGAACAUCAAUCACUGUAAACGUGGUCAGCGACAGUGAGACGACCCUCGUGCCGGCACCGCGUCCUGUGGGCUCACAGGGUGUCCCUGUGAUGGUUAGACAAGGGUCCGGGACAGCGGCAACAAUAGCUGCUGCCGCGGUAAUGCCAGUCACAGCCGCAAUGGCAGCCGCUGCUGCCAAGGCCGCGGCAGCACCAGCCGUAGUUGUCAAGACGAGUGGGCCCCCGGCACCUGUGGCGGAGCCAUCAACAUCAGGAAAGGCCAUUGCGCCAGCGGCAGCCUCAGCACCGCCACCAUCGCCUUCGACGUCUCCUCAACCACCGCCGCUGGUGGUCCUGCAGCACUCGCCGACGACGAAGGGGUCGCAGUUCGGGCGGCCCGUGUUCCCCGGGCGCAACAUGCUGCGCGUGCUGCCGCAGGCCUCGAUGAUGGCGCUCGUGCACAGCCUGCCUGACCUCACCGUCGACCCCGCCGCAGCCGCCGCCGCCGCUGCUGCCGCCGCAUCCCCACCCAGACUACCGCAAAGCUCCGGCCCACAGACGGCGUCCGACAGGCUGUACCAGUCACACCAGGAGCAGCUGACGAGGAACCGCCUGGCCGCGCAGCAGCAGCAGCAACAGCAACAGCAUUAUCUCAGCCCAGACCAACGCGGCACCAGCUACCCGCCGCCCAGCCCAUCCAGAGCUUCAUUGAAACGCGGACUGGCGUUCUCGUAUUCAUUCAAGAACCCACCAUUAUUGAAAAUGGGCCACGUGAAUAGCCAGCAAGCUGAAGCUGUGCCUUCGACAAGUCAAGGAUCUAAGGUCGACACGGGAGAAUCCCCUGGAGCGAGCAUGGAAAAAGCGGACAAAAAGUCCAAAACAGUAAAUACCAGGAACAAGGGUGGAUCGGUGAGCCCGGGCUCGCAGAAGGAAGACAAGGGUGACUGACUACAACGCUGGCGCAGAGCACGUGACUGAAUGCAGCCCAUUGAACUACAUCUCAAAUGGCUUACGAAUGGUGCUCGUAGUUUCCUAUGUGGUCACCAAAUAUUCAAGUGAAAUUUUCCGCUUGAAGUGAAGCAAACAUUUUUUCAGUAGUGGUUUUAACCAUGAUACUUAUUUUACGUACUAAUGCGGUACGGUACUUCAUAAUGUAGUACAUUUUGUUGAUAGCUAAUUUAUAUGCAUAUUUCAGUCUUAAAUUAAAAUAAAUAUUAACAAAUAUACCUUUUGUGUAGGAUUUCAUUGUAUAUUGUAUCUUGACUACCUAAUUAGGUAAAUUGAAUUUUUCCAUGUAAAGGUACCUUUACAUAAAAAAAAAUCUUCUGAAACUACUUGUUUAUUAAUUAAUCGUUUCAUAUAUGCAUGUCAAAGUAGGACUUAGAACAUCUUUCUCAUCAUUCGUAUAAUUGAAAUUGGAGACAUAAUAUAAUUGAAAUUGGAGACAUAAUAGUAUAUCGUAGAGAAUUUUGGUAGCCAACUUACGGUUACUUUAUGUACAUUUAACUUCAUAAUAGUAAUAGUUUUUUUGUAAAUAGCUACUUAAUAUUUCUGACAGAAAUGUCUAGUGAUUUUAAUAAGAUUUUUAUUCAAUACGGUAGUGAUGUAGGUAUUAGGUACAUUUUGGGCAGAUUUUUCAGUAGCUACUCUUCUUCUUCUUCUUCUUCCGUCCCUGUUCCCGUUAUCUGGGGUCGGGUCUCCUCACACUACGGCGCCAGGUUGGUCUAUCCUGGGUUGUCAUUUUUGGCAAUUGGGCUUUCUUAAGGUCUCUUUCGAUGUUUGACCACCAGGUCAAUGGCGGGCGGCCUCUACCUCUCUUUUGUUCUGGCAAGUUUAGUGCGAUUUUCACUAUAUGGUCUUCGUCUCGUCUCAUAAUAUGGUCAUACCAUCUAAGGCGAUUUUUUCAGUAGCUACUCAAAAUAAAAUUAUCUAAGAAAAAAAAUAUUCAAAGGUAUUUAUCUAUAUAAAACUGUAAUAAUGAAAUUAUUAUAGUAGUAAUGAUUAUCUCAUGUUUUAAAAAUAACCUUAUUAUUCGAUAAAAUUUAUGUAGAGGUGGCAAUUGAAAUAGUAAAAUGAUGAAGUUUAAUCGAAAGGAAAGAAGCGGAAGAUAUUCCACGCUUAAGGCGAUGAAUAAAGACGUUUAAUAGUGCAGUGAUAAUGAAAUUAUAAUAAACGCUAAGUAUAGGUAAAUUAAUAAUUACUAAAUGUAUGUCUACAUUAGAUUUAACGUCUAUAUUAAAUUUUUCGCAAUUUGUCGACAUAUUAAUAAUUCAUUAAAAUUGGAUAUUUAUCGUGCAUAUUCUGCAGUAAAUGAAUGGUUUAUUAGCAGAAGACGUUAAAUCAAAAGUAAGUUAAAAAUAGUAAAAUUAAGGUAUCUUAUUAAAAUCAUUACUUUUAUUAAAAAGUAGGUAUUCCGCGUUAUAUAUCCCGAAUUCGAGGAAUCCCAGUAUCAGUAGCAUUUUAAAAUCUGAAUGUUUAACUAAAUAUAAUUUAAAGAAAAACAUGUUAUUUAAAGUUAUAUGCUUGUAUUACUAUUAUAAUAAUAGUAAUUUUUGUCUCUGGUCCAACAAGGCUUGCAAGGAAUGAGGAUUACCAAAUAUAAUACAGUCACCACACAAAAGUGGGCACUGGACAGCCAAAAUAUUAGAAGCUGCUGAUCACUAUUAAUCCUACUACCUAUGAAUAUUUCAGAAUGUCUGCCACAUAACUUGCUCGCCUUGCCUCUGACUCUGUUAGAAUUAGAUAUAAAAUUUACAAAAACAGUAUUUAUAUGAAUUACUUUCCACUCUGUUUUGUGAUUAUAAUGUAGAUGGAAAUUUUUGAAAGGUGCUAUAAUAAAUAGUGAUAAUGGUAGGUAGGUAAUUCAUAUAAAUACUUAUUAGGUUCUAUUUCAUAUUUAAUGUUAUCCGAAGUGUUUAAGUAGUUUUGAAAUUAAAUGUCGUACAACCAAAA